GCAGACCUUGCAUGGUUUGUGUGACCGGACCGCAGAGGUCUCCCUGGGCCUGCCUUCGGAUGUGGGUCAUUCCCCAGGGCCAUUUUGAUAAGUGACCUACCACCUCCCUUCCACGGGGAAGGCUGGGCAGGAGCAGGGCUGCCAGGAGAGGCCAAAGGACAGUCCACACGGUUUCCACAGGCCUCUAAGGCUCCGGAUGGGUGCCCCUUCAUCCACCCGGUCCGUACGGGGACCACCAGCCAAAAACCGUCUCUGGGAGCGCUAGCCCUGCCCCCACCAUUGAAACUGUCCUUGACUUUGUCCCCAUAACCUUUCCUUUGUACCCUCCUCUUCCACGUUAGUAUCUGCAGGCUCUCCUGAUGUGGCCCCACGCACAUACCUUGCAUCUUCCUGUUCCAGCUCCCCUGCUUGCCCGUGGGUUAGAUCCCACAGGUUCCAUCGGAGGGGGCUGUCGGAACCCUCUGUGGAGCCGGGAUCCCUUCCUGCUUCCCUCUCCCAGCCCGACAUCAUGCUUCCCCAAACCUCAGGACAAGGUAGUCCACACCCUACAUCUUUCUCUCCCCUUCCCUCCAGGCCAGGAAUGGCAAAUACAGGCAGAUUCACUACAUUCUCCUUUCUCGUGCCCUGGCAGACAUCACUAAUCAAUCAUGGCAGUCUUUUUGCACCAAGUCUGGCCGCAACCUCGAUGGUAUCUGCCCGCAUCUCCAGGCAGCCAAUAGCAGCUGAUCCAGGCUGAAGCCACCCAGUUCCGGAGCGUGGACCCAGGAAGUGGUUGAGGGCACUGGGGCAUUGGCCCCAAGUCCUCAAGACCGAAGAGGUUGGUCUGCUGUCAGUCCCGAGGGCAGCCAACCCCCUGCUGGGGAGAGUGUGGUGCAGGGCUGGGGGUGAUGCGCUUACGUCCAGCACCUGUGCGGCAGCAGCACCCAGGCCUUGCAGGUGCAUCUCCCAGUCCCGACAAGGCUUGCACGCCGACCUCUCCGGCCUGGCCUCCGGGGCAGGCAGGAGGUGAGUAGCGGACAGCAGGCCCAGGGCGGGGUAGCCGCCCAGUUCCCCGGGGGGCUGCGCACAGCAGCUUUCCGGGCUACCUGCCACCCUCCUGGCCGCUGAGCCCAGGAUGCGAGGAUGGCCAGCUCAUCUCUGCCCACUCUGGUGCCUCUGGGCCCUGAGAGCCUGCGCCCCUUCACCCGGGAGUCCCUGGCAGCCAUAGAACGCCGGGCAGUGGAGGAGGAGGCCCGGCAGCAGCGGAACAAGCAGAUGGAGAUUGAGGAGCCUGAAAGGAAGCCACGCAGCGACCUGGAGGCUGGCAAGAGCCUGCCCCUUAUUUAUGGGGACCCCCCACCAGAGGUCAUCGGCAUCCCCCUGGAGGACCUGGACCCCUACUACAGCGACAAGAAGACCUUCAUCGUGCUUAACAAGGGCAAGGCCAUCUUUCGCUUCUCCGCUACACCAGCUCUCUACAUGCUGAGCCCUUUCAGCAUCAUCAGACGUGGUGCCAUCAAGGUGCUCAUUCACUCGCUGUUCAGCAUGUUCAUCAUGAUCACCAUCCUGACCAACUGUGUAUUCAUGACCAUGAGCAACCCGCCUUCCUGGUCCAAGCAUGUGGAGUACACAUUCACAGGGAUCUAUACCUUUGAGUCCCUCAUCAAGAUGCUGGCCCGAGGCUUCUGCAUUGAUGACUUCACAUUCCUCCGGGACCCCUGGAACUGGCUGGACUUCAGUGUCAUCAUGAUGGCGUACCUGACAGAGUUUGUGGACUUGGGCAAUAUCUCAGCCCUGAGAACCUUCCGGGUGCUGCGGGCCCUGAAAACCAUCACAGUCAUCCCAGGGCUGAAGACGAUCGUGGGGGCCCUGAUCCAGUCGGUGAAAAAGCUGUCGGAUGUGAUGAUCCUCACCAUCUUCUGCCUGAGUGUCUUUGCCCUGGUCGGGCUGCAGCUCUUCAUGGGAAACCUGCGGCAGAAGUGCGUGCGCUGGCCCCCACCCUUCAACGACACCAACACCACGUGGUACGGCAACGAUACGUGGUAUGGUAAUGAGACGUGGUAUGGUAAUGAGACGUGGACCGGCCACGAGAGCUGGGCCAGCAACUAUACCUUUGACUGGGACGCCUACAUCAAUGAUGAAGGGAACUUCUAUUUCCUGGAGGGUGCCAAUGACGCCCUGCUUUGUGGGAACAGCAGCGAUGCUGGGCACUGCCCCGAGGGUUACGAGUGUAUCAAGGCUGGGCGGAACCCCAACUAUGGCUACACCAGCUAUGACACCUUCAGCUGGGCCUUCCUGGCUCUCUUCCGCCUCAUGACACAGGAUUAUUGGGAGAACCUCUUCCAGCUGACCCUCCGAGCAGCUGGGAAGACCUACAUGAUCUUCUUCGUGGUCAUCAUUUUCCUGGGCUCCUUCUACCUCAUCAAUCUGAUCCUGGCAGUGGUGGCCAUGGCAUACGCAGAGCAGAACGAGACCACCCUGGCUGAGGAUCAGGAGAAAGAAGAAGAGUUUCAGCAGAUGCUGGAGAAAUUCAAAAAGCAGCAGGAGGAGCUGGAGAAGGCCAAGGCCGCCCAGGCUCUGGAAGGCGGGGAGGCAGAUGGGGACCCAGCCCACGGUAAAGACUGCAAUGGCAGCCUAGACACAUCACUGGGGGAGAAGGGGCCUCCAAGGCAGAGCUGCAGCGCAGACAGCGGUAUCUCUGAUGCUAUGGAAGAGCUGGAAGAGGCCCACCAGAAGUGCCCACCGUGGUGGUACAAGUGUGCCCACAAAGUGCUCAUAUGGAACUGCUGCACCCCAUGGGUGAAGUUCAAGAACAUCAUCCACCUGAUUGUCAUGGACCCCUUUGUGGACCUGGGCAUCACCAUCUGCAUCGUGCUCAACACCCUCUUCAUGGCCAUGGAGCAUUACCCCAUGACAGAGGAGUUUGACAACAUGCUCACCGUGGGCAACCUGGUUUUCACAGGCAUCUUCACAGCAGAGAUGGUACUGAAGCUCAUCGCCCUGGACCCCUACGAGUACUUCCAGCAGGGCUGGAACAUCUUCGACAGUAUCAUCGUCACCCUCAGCCUGGUGGAGCUGGGCCUGGCCAACGUGCAGGGACUGUCCGUGCUCCGCUCCUUUCGGCUGCUGCGUGUCUUUAAGCUGGCCAAGUCGUGGCCAACGCUGAACAUGCUCAUCAAGAUCAUCGGCAACUCAGUGGGCGCGCUGGGCAACCUGACGCUGGUGCUGGCCAUCAUCGUGUUCAUCUUUGCCGUCGUGGGCAUGCAGCUGUUCGGCAAGAGCUACAAGGAGUAUGUGUGCAAGAUCGCCGCGGACUGUAGCCUGCCCCGCUGGCACAUGCACGACUUCUUCCACUCCUUCCUCAUCGUCUUCCGCAUCCUGUGCGGGGAGUGGAUCGAGACCAUGUGGGACUGCAUGGAGGUGGCCGGCCAGGCCAUGUGCCUCACCGUCUUCCUCAUGGUCAUGGUCAUCGGCAACCUAGUGGUCCUGAACCUCUUCUUGGCGCUGCUGCUGAGCUCCUUCAGUGCCGACAGCCUGGCAGCCUCAGAUGAGGACGGCGAGAUGAACAACCUGCAGAUCGCCAUUGGGCGCAUCAAGUGGGGCAUCGGCUUUGCCAAAGCCUUUCUCCUGGGGCUGCUGCGCGGCAAGAUCCUGAGCCCCAAGGAAAUCAUGCUCAGCCUCGGGGGGCCCGAGGAGGCCGGGGCGGCAGAGGAGGCUGGGGAGAGUGCCUCAGAGGAUGAGAAGAAGGAGCCGCCGCCCGAGGAGGAUGACAAGGACCUGAAGAAGGACAAUCACAUCCUGAGCCACGUGGGCCUGGUGGACGGCUCUCCCCCCAGCAUUGAGCUGGAUCACCUCAACUUCAUCAACAACCCCUACCUGACCAUUCACGUGCCCAUUGCCUCCGAGGAGUCCGACCUGGAGAUGCCCACGGAGGAGGACACUGACACUUUCUCAGAGCCUGAGGAUGGCAAGCAGCCACCGCAGCCCCUCGAUGGGAACUCCUCCGUCUGCAGCACCGCCGACUAUAAGCCCCCCGAGGAAGACCCCGAGGAGCAGGCUGAAGAGAACCCCGAAGGGGAGCAGCCUGAGGAGUGCUUCACAGAGGCCUGUGUGCAACGCUGCCCUUUCCUCUACGUGGACAUCUCCCAGGGCCGUGGGAAGAUGUGGUGGACCCUCCGCAGGGCCUGCUUCAAGAUCGUCGAGCAUAACUGGUUCGAGACCUUCAUUGUCUUCAUGAUCCUGCUCAGCAGCGGGGCCUUGGCCUUCGAGGACAUUUACAUCGAGCAGCGGCGGACCAUCCGCACUAUCUUGGAGUAUGCCGACAAGGUUUUCACCUACAUCUUCAUCCUGGAAAUGCUGCUCAAGUGGGUGGCCUAUGGCUUCAAGGUGUACUUCACCAAUGCCUGGUGCUGGCUUGACUUCCUCAUUGUGGAUGUCUCCAUCAUCAGCCUGGUGGCCAACUGGCUGGGCUACUCGGAGCUGGGACCCAUCAAAUCCCUGAGGACGCUGCGAGCCCUGCGUCCCCUGAGGGCGCUGUCCCGAUUUGAGGGCAUGAGGGUGGUGGUGAAUGCCCUCUUGGGAGCCAUCCCCUCCAUCAUGAACGUGCUGCUUGUCUGCCUCAUCUUCUGGCUCAUCUUCAGCAUCAUGGGCGUCAACCUGUUUGCCGGCAAGUUCUACUACUGCAUCAACACCACCACCUCUGAGAGGUUUGACAUCUCUGAGGUCAACAACAAGUCUGAGUGUGAAAGCCUGAUGCACACGGGCCAGGUCCGCUGGCUCAACGUCAAGGUCAACUAUGACAAUGUGGGUCUAGGCUACCUCUCCCUCCUGCAGGUGGCCACCUUCAAGGGCUGGAUGGACAUCAUGUAUGCAGCUGUGGACUCCCGGGAGAAGGAGGAACAGCCACAGUAUGAGGUGAACAUCUACAUGUACCUCUAUUUUGUCAUCUUCAUCAUCUUCGGGUCCUUCUUCACCCUCAACCUCUUUAUUGGCGUCAUCAUCGACAACUUCAACCAGCAGAAGAAGAAGUUUGGAGGGAAAGACAUCUUCAUGACGGAGGAACAGAAGAAAUACUAUAAUGCCAUGAAGAAGCUUGGCUCCAAGAAGCCUCAGAAGCCAAUUCCCCGGCCCCAGAACAAGAUCCAGGGCAUGGUGUAUGACUGCGUGACUAAGCAGGUGUUCGACAUCACGAUCAUGAUCCUCAUCUGCCUCAACAUGGUCACCAUGAUGGUGGAGACAGACGACCAGAGCCAGCUCAAAGUGGACAUCCUGUACAACAUCAACAUGGUCUUCAUCAUCAUCUUCACCGGGGAGUGUGUGCUCAAGAUGCUCGCCCUGCGCCAGUACUAUUUCACCGUCGGCUGGAACAUCUUCGACUUUGUGGUUGUCAUCCUAUCCAUUGUGGGACUCGCGCUCUCCGAUCUGAUCCAGAAAUACUUCGUGUCACCCACACUGUUCCGAGUGAUCCGCCUGGCGCGGAUCGGACGUGUCCUGCGGCUGAUCCGCGGGGCCAAGGGCAUCCGGACUCUGCUCUUUGCCCUCAUGAUGUCCCUGCCUGCCCUCUUCAACAUCGGCCUCCUCCUCUUCCUGGUCAUGUUUAUCUACUCCAUCUUCGGCAUGUCCAACUUUGCCUAUGUCAAGAAGGAGUCGGGCAUCGAUGACAUGUUCAACUUUGAGACCUUUGGCAACAGCAUCAUCUGCCUCUUCGAGAUCACCACGUCGGCUGGCUGGGAUGGGCUCCUCAACCCCAUCCUCAACAGCGGGCCCCCUGACUGUGACCCUACACUCGAAAACCCAGGCACCAGUGUCAGGGGCGACUGUGGCAACCCCUCCAUCGGCAUCUGCUUCUUCUGCAGCUACAUCAUCAUCUCCUUCCUCAUCGUGGUCAACAUGUACAUUGCCAUCAUCCUGGAGAACUUCAAUGUGGCCACUGAGGAGAGCAGCGAGCCCCUUGGCGAGGACGACUUUGAGAUGUUCUACGAAACGUGGGAGAAGUUUGACCCUGACGCCACACAGUUCAUUGCCUACAGCCGCCUCUCUGACUUUGUGGACACCCUGCAGGAGCCACUGAGAAUCGCCAAGCCCAACAAGAUCAAGCUCAUCACGCUGGACCUGCCCAUGGUGCCAGGGGACAAGAUCCACUGCCUGGACAUCCUCUUUGCCCUCACUAAGGAAGUCCUAGGUGACUCUGGGGAAAUGGACGCCCUCAAGGAGACGAUGGAGGAGAAAUUCAUGGCAGCCAACCCCUCCAAAGUCUCCUACGAGCCCAUCACCACCACCCUCAAGAGGAAGCAUGAGGAGGUGUGUGCCAUCAAGAUCCAGAGGGCCUACCGCCGGCACCUGCUCCAGCGCACUGUGAAGCAGGCAUCCUACAUGUACCGCCACAGCCAGGAUGGCAGUGGGGAUGGGGGUCCUGAGAAGGAGGGUCUGAUCGCCAACACCAUGAGCAAGAUGUAUGGCCACGAGAAUGGGAACAGCAGUGUGCAGAGCACAGGUGAGGAAAAGGGCUCAACAGGGGACUCUGGACCUUCCAUAGGACUCACACCCAUCAGCCCCUCAGACGCUGCCCUCCCUCCUUCCCCAUCCCCAGGGCAGACAGUGCGCCCGGGGGUCAAGGAAUCUCUCGUCUAGGCAGUAACGAGGUGGCCAGCUGAGCCUGGCACAGCCCCAAAGCUCCCUCAUGGUGCCUGCUCACUGAGGGAGCAGGGCUUUGAGUCUGCGACUGAUCGGCUCUCUGUUGGGGACAGGAUUUGGUCAUGCUGGGGCUGACACCCAGGCCAUGGAAAAUGGGAAUUGCACUCAGAGGCUCCACACUGGGCCUGAGGCCCCAGCUUCCAUGAUUUCUCAUUUCAAGUUGUCCUCACCUCCUCAUGGGCCCUGCUGCCUCUCCUCUUGGGGGGAGGUCAGAACACCAGAAUCUCUGCCCCCCACGCUGGGGAGGAGCCAGCCUACGAUGGAUGGGUUAGCUGCCCUCCUGCCACCAGAGUCUUAAGGGCUAUAGGCCUCUCCUCAGGAAGUGGCUCAGCCCCCCCCCCCCGACCCCUCCUGGUUAAAGAUAUAUUUUAAAGAUUUUAUUUUUAAGUAAUCUCCACACCUCACGUGGGGCUCGAACUCACAACUCCGAGAUCAAGAGUCGCAGGCUCCACUGACUGAGCCAGCCAGGCACUCCCUGGAUAAAGAUGUCUUAACCUCAGUGAGAGUGGACACCUGACCCCAGGGGCCUACCAGCCCGCCCCCCAGCUGGGACAUAGCUUCAUCCUGCCAGCUCAUGGAUUCCCUGGAGAAGGGAAACGUCACUGGUCCAGAAAUGUCUCCCCAAGUCUGAUUGGCCCCUGGAUCCUAAUGCAUCUGGCUGGGGUUGUGGCCCCUGAAACCAUUUCCUGCUUUGUCCAUUGUGCAGGCCCCUGGCUCCCCUGGCUGGCCCCUAGGGGAAGAGCGGACGGAGGGUUCCACUUGAGAAUUGUCUUUUUCUAGGAAGCAUGGAUAGCUGGGAUAGGUUGGGUGUUGUCAGCUGCAUCACUGCACUGGAGGCUUUCUUGGCCUGAACACCCAGACCUGGGGCGGGGCAGGGACCCUGGAGCUCCGGAGGUAGAUUUCUGUUCCCUCCCUCCCUUCUUCACUCCUCCAUUAGUGCCACAGGGCUCUUUGUAGCCUCACCAAGCCCUGAGAUGCCCUCAUCCCCCACCACAUCUCUCUUUUCCUUCCUCCUCAUCCUCUUCUUCCCCAUCCUCAAAGUGAUCCUAAGAGUGUUGUCGUUGCUCCCGUGUUAAGAGAUUUCAACACUGGGACAUGCACAGCUCUCCUGGCUCAGGCCCAACCUUCCAACUUCCAUUUUUGUUGGCACCACUGAUCUGGGCAUGGCAGAACCAGCCAGGCCUCUGCUGGCUCCCGGAGCUCAGAGGAGGCAGGGAGACACCUGCACAGGUGUCAUUGGAUUUAUUCACUUGUGUGUGUGCCUUGUGUCUGCCUCACACCUAUGUGUACAGCUGUGUGUGUGCGUUCAAGUACGUGAAGUGCUACGUCCUGUCUCUGCAAGUGUGUACCAUGUCAGCGUGCCCCUGUAGUCUGACUGGUGUGUGUGUGUGUGUGUGUGUGUGUGUGUGUGUCUGUCUCCUGUGCAGGCCUGUUGGUGUGGUGUGCCUGUGCUAUAUGUGGAUAAGCGUGAACGUGUGUGGGCAGGUUUGCACGUUGAGUCCCUGUUGACCUUAAGUUCCUCUUCUCUUUCUUCUUCUUUCUUGUGAACAGUUUGAUUAAAACUCAGGAAGCAGCAAAACCUCCAAAACAAUGUGUGUGUGUGUGUGUGUGCGCGCGCGCGCGCGCGCGCGCAUACACGCUCGUGCGUUCCCGUGGCUGGAGCCUUCCUUUCUGUCUGCCCUGCUCGCUGGCCUCCUUGCCACCCGCUCUCCUUUCCUCCUAGUCUCUUUAUCACACCCAUUUGUCCCAGCCCUGCUCCCUGUCUCUUGCCUGUGUCCUCUGUGGAAGGAGGCCCCACCCCUUCCAUCUUCCUGCACAAGUUCUGUCUCUUCCUGCAGAAGGUGCAUCCUACAGAGGGCAGCCUCCUCCCUGACCAGCACCCUGCCCAUGCCCCUUCCCUCCUCAGGCCCCAAACUGGGGUGGCCCCAAGAGCCUCAGCAUCCGUUGGACGGGAUACUUGCCAUUGGACUGCAUCCAGAUUGCAGAGCCUCCCCUGCCCGUGGCCCCCUCCCCCACACGUCCACAUCCAUUCCCACUCUGGGUGGGAACAGGCCCAAGCCAGGCUGGCAGGCAGGCUCCUUUGUACAGUUCUUAUAAUAAACCUCCCCCUGGUGCCUCUCA